GGGUUCCCUGAAUUGAAGCUUUUGCUAAUUUCUGUUAUGGAUUUGAAGCAUUGGGAACUGGCGGAUGAUGUUGAUUGUCCUUUCCCAAAGCUUGAGCGCUUGGUAUUGAGAAAUUGCUUUGAGUUGAAAGAGAUGCCAAGUUGGAUUGAAAACCUUAGUAAUCUGAAGUCAGUUCGGUUAGAGCAUUGCCAUGAUUCCCUUGUGAGUUCUGCAAGGAUGAUUGAAGAAGAGCAGCGUGAGAACUAUGGAGAAGAAUAUGGAUUUGAGAUUGUUGAAUUCCACACUCAAUCAGAUGAAGAUCAAAAGAAUGGAGGAAAGUUGAAAAAUAUGUAUUUCAGAUUCUGGAAUUAUAUACAUUCCACACUCACUCAGGUCUCUCUCCCUCUCUGUCACUCAUUUGCAGAAGAGAAUGAUGAAGAUAUAAAUAUGAGUGUUUUCCUCAAAGUAGGAAGUAUCUCGAAAAAUUCAGUUGGACUUGGGACUCCGGACACAAGGUUGCAAUACUUCGGAGCGAUUGCAGGCUCGAGAUCAAAGUACAGUUGGAAACUAGGGACCUGCUCAAAAUCACUUCUUACUCUGCAUACUUUAUUUUUAAAUUUCAACUAGAGCCCCAGCUCGAUCCAGCAUUCACAUCGGUAAGAUACAUUAACGAUAAAAGAAGUUAUACUGAGAAUCAACGUUGUCAAGUAUUUUUAGCAAAAAGGAGGUCUUCUGAAGACCCUGGCCGGUUUCUAAACCGUCGUCAUGAUGGGUGGAUGGAGAUUAAGCUCGGAGAUUUUUACAUUAGUUCAAGAAAUGAAGGUGAGGUCGAAAUGCGACUUUGGAGUACUGAAUACGUGCAUUGGAAGUCUGGUCUCAUUGUUAAGGGCAUUGAGGUUCGACCUAAUUCAUGAGGAAGAGAAUUUAAAUUAAUUUAUGAGAUAACUGAGAAAUUGCUUUGAGUUGGAAGCGAUGCCAAGUUGGAUUGAAAACCUUAAUAAUCUGAAGUCAGUUCAGUUGGAGCAUUGCCAUGCUUCCUUUGUGAAAUCUGCCAGGAUGAUUGAAAAAGAGCAGCGUGAGUGGAAAGGAGAAUUUGCAUUUGAGAUUGUUGAAUUCCACACUCAAUCAGGUCUCUCUCCCUUAAAUUAGCUUGCAGUAAUUGGUUUGAUUUCUUAUUUUCCAAAAUGUGGCAUUUUAUUUCCUACAUACUUUAAAUAAUUCCACCUUUAUUCCUAUUUUGUAUGCUGAAAUAGAUGAAGAUCAAAAGUUAUGUACACCCACUCAGGUCUCUCUCCCUCUCCCUUAAGCUUUUUAUUUCCGUUUUAUUAUAUACUAUUAUUCUACAUCUUGUGAUCGAUCUUGACCAACUGUAAAAGCAAAUCUUCAAAUCUUUUGCUAUGCAGACUGUUUUCCUCUAAGCAAGUAGUCUCUACGUCCCACACGAGGACAAUCCUAAGAAAUGGAGUUGGACUUGGCACUCCGGACAUAAGGUUGCAGUACUUGCACGUCCACUGGCUUGAUAUCAAAGGACAGUUGGAUACCAGGCGCCUGCACAAAAACACUUCUUACCCUGCAUAUCUUAUUUUUAAACUUAAACCGGAGGCCCUACGGCUCGAUACAGCAUUCACAUUUGUGGGAUACAUCAAGGAUAAAUGAUGUUAUAGUGAGAAUCGACGUUGUCAAGUAUUUUUAGCAAAAACGAGGUCUUCUGAAGACCCUAACCGGUUUCCAAAUCAUCGUCAUGAUGGGUGGAUGGAGAUUAAGCUUGGAGAUUUUUAUAUUAGUUCAAGAAAUGAAGGUGAGGUCAAAAUGCAGAUUUGGAGUGCUGAAAACAUGCAUAGGAAGCCUGGUCUCAUUGUCAAGGGCAUUGAGGUUCGAUCUAAUUGAUGAGGAAGAAAAUUUAAGUUAAUUUAUAGGAUAUUACCCAGUCAAAUUGUACUAGGAACUUUAAUUUCUUAUAUAGGUUUAGUUUGAGAAUUAGUAGUUAGCAGAUUGGUAAGCUAUUGGUAGAUAGUAGAUAGAUAGUAUUAGUAGUUUUUACCAAUAGAUAAUAUUACUUGUUCAUUUGUUAAUAGAAAAAGUGUUCGUAAAA